GCGCCGGCAAAGCGCGUAUCGGGACCCAAAUGCACAAGUGCAGGCGACAACGGCGAGCGAUGCAAGGUGAGGAUUCGGACGAAGGCAUAUUGCGGAGGAUGCUUGCGGAGACCUCCGAGCGUCCAAGCGCGGGUCCCUGCGUAGUGCCAGCUUUUCGUCGUUAUGUCUCUCGCGGCCUUGGACGUUUCCACCCCAGCCUCGCCACAGUGGCGCCACAGGCCCGGGAUUACCUGACGCAGGAUUGCGGGGAGCCGCUGGAUAGCAUUGUGUGCUACGGUCAAUCGUUGGGUUCCGUUCCGUCCAUUGACUUGGCUUCGCGAUGUUGCCUCGGCGGCGUGAUCCUACACAGUGCUCUGGCAAGCGGGCUUCGUGUCAUCCAUGAGGAUCUACAAACUACACCGUGGUUCGAUAUCUUCAAAAAUGUUGUGAAGAUUGCGGAUGUUCAGUGUCCCGUAUUCGUCAUCCACGGCAACCAAGACUUGGAGGUGCCCAUCGAGCACGGCCGAGCGCUCCACGAGGCGUGCCCCCCGCGCUUCGCCGCGGAGCCGUGGUGGGUCCAGGAGGCCGGCCACCACGACAUAGAGACGCACUGGCGCUCGAUGUACCUGAGGAAGUUGCAGCUCUUCCUGCGGUCCCUGGCCCCCGUGGAGCAGGAGGACUCCGAGGGGCAGCCCUUCACGUGACCCGGCGGCCCCGUUUGCCACUGCCGCGCGCCGCGCCUCGCAGGCGAUUCGCUUGGGGGCGGGGAGAGCGAUGCAGAGGGCUGGCGGGAGACUGGAUCCUGCGCCCGCGCGUGCGCACGCUCGUCGCAUGCCGGCCGCGCCAAAGUGCCCCGGCGGCGACCCCCUCGGCCAGACAGCAAGAGGUGGACUGCUCCGCCCAGAGCUCCAAGCGAGAUGACGAGAAGGAGAAAGA